AACAAAACAAGCGGCGGCGGCGGCGGCGGCACCUGAGCGGCGGCGCCGGGACGGGGAGGGCGCGCCGGAACAGGAACCGACCUCCGCCGGAACCGGAACCGAGAGGGUGUUGCCAGGGCCCGGGUAGGGCUGGCGCGGCGGCCUCUCUCGGCUGUCGGUUCUUUGCUGGAGAAUUUGGUCACAAAGGGUUGCCAAGAUAGCUGGGCCAGGAAGAAAGCGUCGUAGCCCUGACCCAGACGCUGUUGCCGACCCCGGGGCACUCUGGCUGUCAACCAAGCGGCUCAAGAUGUCUGGCGGGACCAGUGCCACGGGCCCAAGGAGAGGACCCCCAGGGCUGGAGGAGGUCACCAGUAAGAAGCAGCAGAAGGACAGAGUGAACCAGGAGAGCAAGGACGGCGGCCCCGGGAGAGGGUUGGCAGCCGCUCCUCGGGGGGAGCAGACCAAAGAUGAGUUGCUGCUCGACUGGAGGCAGAGUGCAGAUGAGGUCAUUGUUAGGCUGCGGGUGGGAGCGGGCCCCCUGCGGCUAGAGGAAGUGGACACUGCUUUCACAGACACGGACUGUGUGGUGCAGCUUCCAGGUGGUCAGCAGUGGGGUGGUGUUUUCUACGCCGAGAUAGAAAGUUCUUGCACCAAAGUGCAAGCCCGCAAAGGCGGCCUCCUGCAGCUGGCACUGCCCAAGAAGGUGCCUCUGCUCACUUGGCCUUCUCUCUUGAAGAAACCUCUAGGAACCCAGGAGUUGGUGCCAGGGCUGCAGUGCCAGGAAAAUGGACAGGAGCCACCUUCCAUUGUCUUGGAACCAGGCCCUGAGUCCCGCCGGGCCAAGCAAGAGGCCCGGAACCAGAAGCGGGCCCAGGGCCGUGGUGAGGUGGGCGCUGGGGCUGGUCCUGGAGCCCAGGCAGGGCCUAGUGCCAAGAGGGCUGUACAUCUCCGCAGAGCACCAGAGGGGGAGGGGCCCAGAGAUGGCCCUGGGCCCCAGGGCGAUGCCCCCUCUUUCCUGGCUGAGCCAGCCACCCAGGUUGAGGCCGAGGGACAGCCCCAGGUACCACCACUGAACCCUGAGACCUGCCUCCUGGGCUCAGAGGAGGAUCUAGCACUUUCGGCAGGAGGGAAGGCAGUGUCUGCCAGGAACGAACCAGUCUCCCCAGCGAUGGCCCGGAGCAGAGACCCUGAGAAAGGUGGCUGUCCCAGAGAGGAGAUGGCAGUGGUAGCAGAUGCUGCAGCCUUGGCGCAUGAGCCUGAGUCCAUGGUGAACCUGGCAUUUGUCAAGAAUGACUCGUACGAGAAGGGGCCAGACUCCGUGGUGGUGCACGUGUACGUGAAGGAAAUCUGCAGGGAUGCCUCCCGAGUGCUUUUCCGUGAGCAGGACUUCACGCUUAUCUUCCAGACCAGGGAUGGAAACUUCCUGAGGCUUCACCCGGGCUGCGGGCCCCAAACCAUCUUCCGUUGGCAGGUGAAGCUCAGUCUUUCCCUCAGGAACCUGAUUGCGCCAGAACAGUGCACCUUCUGCUUCACGGCCUCCCGAAUCGACAUCUGCCUGCGGAAGCGGCAGAGUCAGCGCUGGGGGGGCCUGGAGGCCCCAGCUGCACGAGGUGCAGUGGGUGGUGCAAAGGUUGCCGUGCCGACAGGUCCAACCCCUCUGGAUUCAACCCCACCGGGGGGUGCCCCCCACCCACUGACAGGUCAGGAGGAAGCCCGCGUUGUGGAAAAGGAAAAAGCCAAGGCUCGGCCUGAGGACUCGGGGCUGGACGGCGUGGCAGCCCGCAGCCCCAUGGAGCAUGUAGCCUCGAAGCCAGAGCCACAUCUGGCCUCGCCCAAACCCACGUGUAUGGUGCCUCCAAUGCCCCACAGCCCUGUGAGUGGAGACAGCGUGGAGGAAGAGGAGGAGGAAGAGAAGAAGGUGUGCCUGCCGGGCUUCACUGGCCUUGUCAACCUGGGCAACACCUGCUUCAUGAACAGCGUCAUCCAGUCUCUGUCCAACACCCGGGAGCUCCGGGACUUCUUCCAUGAUCGCUCUUUUGAGGCUGAGAUCAACUACAAUAACCCGCUGGGGACUGGUGGGCGUCUGGCCAUCGGCUUUGCUGUGCUGCUCCGGGCGCUGUGGAAGGGCACCCACCAUGCCUUCCAGCCCUCCAAGUUGAAGGCCAUCGUGGCCAGCAAGGCCAGCCAGUUCACGGGCUACGCACAGCAUGACGCCCAGGAGUUCAUGGCUUUCUUGCUGGAUGGGCUGCAUGAGGACCUGAACCGCAUCCAGAACAAGCCCUAUACGGAAACUGUGGACUCGGACGGGCGGCCUGAUGAGGUGGUGGCAGAGGAAGCAUGGCAGCGGCAUAAGAUGAGGAACGAUUCUUUCAUCGUGGACCUGUUUCAGGGCCAGUACAAGUCGAAGCUCGUGUGUCCUGUGUGUGCCAAGGUCUCCAUCACUUUUGACCCAUUCCUCUACCUGCCGGUGCCCUUGCCACAGAAGCAGAAGGUUCUCCCCGUCUUCUAUUUUGCCCGGGAGCCCCACAGCAAGCCUGUCAAGUUCCUGGUGAGCGUCAGCAAGGAGAACUCCAGCGCCAGUGAAGUGUUGGACUCCCUCUCUCAGAGUGUCCACGUGAAGCCGGAGAACCUGCGUCUGGCUGAGGUGAUCAAGAAUCGCUUCCAUCGUGUUUUUCUGCCCUCCCACUCACUGGACACUGUGUCCCCAUCUGACACGCUCCUGUGCUUCGAGCUGCUGUCCCCAGAACUGGCUAAGGAGCGGGUGGUGGUGCUAGAGGUGCAGCAGCGCCCCCAGGUGCCCAGCGUCCCCAUCUCCAAGUGCGCAGCCUGCCAGCGGAAGCAGCAGCCUGAGGAUGAGAAGCUGAAGCGCUGCACCCGGUGCUACCGCGUGGGCUACUGCAACCAGCUCUGCCAGAAAACCCACUGGCCUGACCACAAGGGCCUCUGCCGCCCUGAGAACAUCGGCUACCCCUUCCUGGUCAGCGUGCCUGCCUCCCGCCUCACUUACGCCCGUCUUGCUCAGCUGCUAGAGGGCUAUGCCCGGUACUCUGUGAGCGUGUUCCAGCCUCCCUGCCAGCCCGGCCGUGUGGCCUUGGAGUCCCAGAGCCCUGGCUGUACCACGUUGCUCUCCACUAGCUCUCUGGAGGCUGGGGACAGCACGAGGGACCCUGCUCAGCCACCUGAGCUCCAGUUAGUGACCCCUGUGGCUGAGGGGGACGCAGGGGCCCCCCGGGCGUGGGCAGCCCCUGAUCGGGGCCCUGUGUCCAGCAACAGUGGAGUUGCUUCCGAGCUGCUGGCCAGUGGGCCUGCUGAACUUGGUUCCUUGCCUGCUGGUGAGCGGGUGUCCCGGCCUGAAGCUGCAGUGCCCGGGUACCAACACCCAAGCGAAGCCGUGAAUGCCCACACGCCGCAGUUCCUAAUCUACAAGAUUGACACAUCCAGCCGGGAGCAGCGGCUAGAGGACAGAGGAGACAGCGCUCUGGAGCUGGGUGAGGGCUGCAGCCUGGCCCUCGUCUGGCGGAAUAACGAGCGCCUACAGGAGUUUGUGCUGGUGGCCUCGAAGGAGCUAGAGUGUGCGGAGGACCCCGGCUCUGCUGGCGAGGCUGCCCGUGCCGGCCACUUCACUCUGGACCAGUGCCUGAACCUCUUCACGCGGCCCGAGGUGCUGGCACCUGAGGAGGCCUGGUACUGCCCACAGUGCAGGCAGCACCGCGAGGCCUCCAAGCAGCUGCUGCUGUGGCGUCUGCCCAGCGUGCUCAUCGUGCAGCUGAAGCGCUUCUCCUUCCGAAGCUUCAUUUGGCGCGACAAGAUCAGUGACUUGGUGGAGUUCCCUGUAAGGAACCUGGACCUGAGCAAGUUCUGCAUCGGCCAGAAGGAGGAGCAGCUGCCCAGCUACGACCUGUACGCUGUCAUCAACCACUACGGAGGCAUGAUCGGUGGCCACUACACGGCCUGUGCACGCCUGCCCAGUGAGCGCAGCAGCCAGCGCAGCGACGUGGGCUGGCGCUUAUUUGAUGACAGCACGGUGACAACAGUAGACGAGAGCCAGGUCGUGACGCGUUACGCCUACGUACUCUUCUACCGCCAGCGGAACUCUCCCGUGGAGAGGCCUCCUCGGGCAGGUCACUCUGAGCACCACCCAGACCUGGGCCCUGCCACCGAGGCUGCCGCCGGCCAGGCUUCCCGGAUUUGGCAGGAGCUGCAGGCCGAGGAGGAGCCGGGACUAGGCCCUGGCCAGGCCCCCGAGGUGGCCCCCACGCGGACAGCCCCCGAUCGCUUCGCCCCCCCUGUGGACCGCCCAGCCCCAACCUACAGCAACAUGGAAGAGGUCGAUUAGCAGGUCCCUGACUGGUGGGGGUACUGGGUUUGGGGAUCCCCCGAGGGCCAGCCUUUGCCGCUUCUACUUCUCUGACCCAGAGGACACUGGCUUCACUGAUGGGGAGUUGGGAGGCGCAGUCUGAGGGUGGGAACCUUACAGGUUGGGACCCUUGUUAGGCUGACCCCACAACUGGUGGGCCUUGGCUUCUCCAGCCAUCCCCAGUGCUGCGUGAUUUGAUUCUUGGUUGUACUUUUGUUCCUUUUUGAUUCACAUUAUAAACAUCAUAAUUUUAUUCAAAAAAUUGUAAUUUUUUUUUUUUUUUUGCAUUUCGGAAGUGAUUGCUGCUGUUUAAAUAUAUUUUAAAAAUAAAUGAUAAAUAAGCAGACUAAA